AUGCCGUCGGAUGAUUUGAAAUUGGUAUUCAUUACAACCAUAACUUGUUUGAUUUUAUACUAUUUAUUGCUAACCAUCUACAAAAACUCACAAAUCCCGUUACUUGUAUCAGUAUUCAUAUUCUCUAAUAUGGUUUCACGUACCGAAAUAUUCAAGAACCUAGUCAAUACAGUAAAGACUGCAACCACUGCCCAACCAUACAUCCCUGAUACAGCUGCUAAUGGAGUGUUUCAAACCUUACUGGAGUUUCAAAAGAUUGAAUUGUUAACUGCCAUGCAAUCACUCAAGAACUACGAACUGGCAUCCAAAGUACAAGUGGACAGAAGGAAACGGUUGUUUAAGCUAAUGACCUGGAGACAACAAAAGGUGUGUGAACAAGUCGGUUAUUUGGAUAAGCUAUCCAAGGUUAACUCGGCAAUUGUGGCUAAUCUGAAGUUUAUCAACGAUGUGGCUGAUCAUUGUAUACAGAAGUACGGAAUUACCUACAAGGACUUUGACAUGGUUAAGGAAGGAACUCAAGGCGCUUCUGCAACUAACUAUCGUGUUAUUGAGGCAUUAUCCCAUUACGUACGUGACUGGAGCUCAUUAGACCGGUUAAGUGACGAAUUACAACCCAUUUUUAACUAUAUUAAUAAACAAUUGUCAGGUAUAAUCCCAGAAGAAGAGAAAUCGUCUACAUGCAUCAUCGUCCCGGGAUCUGGAUUAGGGAGAAUUGCUCAUGAAAUUGGCAAACUUGGUUACGGAUCUGUUCAUUCUGUUGAAUACUCGGGAUUAAUGACUUCAUUUGUUGAUUUCAACUAUAAUUCAUCAACUGAGCAUAUCUACAACGUGCAUCCUUAUAUUCACCAAAAUUCCAAUUUUUACAGCACCGAAUCUCAAUUACGUUCAAUAAAAUUGUCAUCACCAUUAUGUCCUAAGCCAUACAGCUUACACCUUCAUAAUUCAGAUUUUCUAGAAUUCUCCAUCCCUGAAGUUGAAAAAUAUACCAAUGUCGUGGUGGUGUCGGUAUAUUUCCUUGAUACUGCUGAAAAUUUAAUGGAUUAUUUAGAUACUAUACAAAGACUAACCACAAACAAACCAAUCAAGACUGGGUAUUGGAUUAAUGUUGGACCAUUGAAAUAUGGAACAGCUGCUCAAGUUGAAUUGAAUGCUCACGAAUUGAAAGCAAUUAGACAAAAGACUGGCUGGGUUGAUAUUGACUAUGUUGAUUCAUUAACUUCUCCUUCAAGCAUUGGAAACGACACAGGUUUGCUCGGAUAUAUUACCGAUACAGAAAGUAUGUGGCAAGGUUAUUAUGCGUUGAACAUGUUUACUAGUAAACGCCAGGAAAACAAAUAG